AUGGCUUCUUCCUCAAAACGCGUGUCGACCUUGAGAUCAGCCUUGCAUGCUAGUGCAGAUGGCCGUCGCUUCUCCCUGCAUCCAGAGGAUGAGCAUUCUUCCAGUGCCCACCAGAACCUGAGAUCCGACCCCGCGCACAGAGUUCAUGCUGGUCUAGACACCUCUAGAGUUAGCACUGGUGUCAUCUGGGUUACAGAGCAAGCUGCUAAACAUGGCUAUGCCGACGAGCCUCAGAAAUGGGCCAAUCUGGGUCAAGGCGCCCCUGAAGUCGGAGAUGACAUUGAAGGAUGCUUUCCCCGCCCUACCUCGAUUCCUGUAACCCUUCAAGGUCAAGAGUAUGGGCCUGUCGUGGGAAUCAAACCCCUCAGGGCUGCUGUUGCCAAACUCUACAAUGAGCACUACCGCCAGGGCAAGGAGUCUCAAUACACGUGGGAGAAUGUGUGCAUCGUGCCGGGAGGAAGAGCAGGCCUGAUCAGGAUCGCUGCUGUGCUUGGCAACGCAUAUUUGGGAUUCUUCAUUCCUGACUAUACUGCGUAUAGUGAGAUGUUGAGCCUGUUCCGAAACUUUGUGGCCAUCCCUACCCCCUUGUCCUCCGCCGAUGGGUACCACAUUCAUGCUGAUAAGGUUGCGGAUGAGCUUGCUCGGGGAACAACCGUUAUCUUGACUUCGAACCCGCGCAAUCCUACGGGCCAUGCUUUGGAUCCAGAUGAAUUGUCACUGAUACAGGACAUCUGCCGGGACAGGGCUACCUUGAUCUUUGACGAGUUCUAUGCUGGCUACAAUUACAACUCGGGCUGUGACGGCAGCACGAUUUCGGCCGCAAGCAAUGUUAUUGACGUUGAUAAGGACGAUGUCAUCUUGGUCGACGGUCUGACGAAACGUUUCAGACUUCCUGGUUGGCGCGUUGCCUGGAUCGUCGGUCCUAAACCAUUCAUCCAAGCCCUCGGAUCGUCCGGGAGCUACCUUGAUGGAGGAACCAACGUGCCAUUCCAGGAGGCCGCAGUCGAAAUGCUGGACCCGCCCAAAGUACGAGAGGAGAUGAAGGCUCUCCAACGCCAUUUCAAGAUGAAGCGUGACUAUGUUCUCAAACGACUGAGAGAGAUUGGCUUUAAUCAAGGCGACCAAGAAAUCCCCGACAGCACGUUCUAUAUUUGGCUCGACCUUACAACGCUGGACCCGCCCUUGCCCAAGGAUAGUGCCAUUGAUCUCUCCAACGGUCUCUCCUUCCUGGACGCGCUCUUGAAGGAGCGGACCAUCGUCGUUCCGGGAAUUUUCUUCGACCUGAACCCUUCAAAGAGACGAGACCUGUUCGAUAGUCCUUGCCACCACUUCGUGAGGAUAAGCUACGGACCCAAGAUGUCUGUGCUCAAGAUGGGGCUUGACGGUAUUGAGCGAGCGGUCAAGCGCGCCAGAGGCGAAACUGUACAGGAUGAUCGUGCCACCCAAGAGGAAUCCGAAGCACGAAGCCCCCAAAGUCCAAUUCAAUCAGAGAAAGGGGCGGGGCAUGGCGAGCACUCUCACUGA